CUCACACUCUCUCUCUCUCUCUCCCUACGCUCACAGCCGCUAAAAUUACUUUCCCUCGCUUCCCGCUUUUUUUUUCAUUCAAUGGACGAUGAUUGUAAGCAGUUAACUCAUAAAUCUGCGGAGAGUGAUGAUGACUAUUUAUUAGUUCUUGAGAUCUCUGAGACUGACCCUCUCUUUGAGAAAAAGAAGAAAUUACUAGAAGCACUGGGUUUUAAUCCAAAGGGACGUGUAUGCUUCAAAAACUCCACUAAGCCUGAGGCUCUUAAAUAUGCCUUGGAAGUAAUGCUUCAGAGAGCGAGGAUCACACACUUGGAUGAUGUAGAACUUUACUUUGUUGGAGUUUAUGCAAGUCAACAUGUGGGAUUUUGUAGUCCCAGGAAUGAGCUGGAGGCUCUUCAUUCAAUCCUUUCACUCAUUGAUGAGACGCUCUCCAGUGGUAAAAACAUAAAUAGGAAUGUCCUGCAACAUUUACGGAAUGGAACAGUUGUGAUGAUCCAUGAUGUCGGGGACAAAUAUGGAGAUGAGACACAAAUUGUUACUGGCUGCAGCUGUGAGAAGGAGAAGUGUUUAUUACAGUGGGGUGAGAGCUAUGGUGUUAGGACAAAGUUGGAUAUAGCCUAUGUCAAAGGGGCUGGAAGAGGAGCUAUAGCUAGAGAAGAUAUGAAAGUUGGAGACAUUGCUUUGGAGAUUCCCGUGUCUCUCAUAAUUUCUGAGGACCUCGUGCAUGAAUCUGCGAUGUUUCCUAUAUUGGAAAAGAUUGAUGGCAUUUCCUCUGAAACUAUGCUGUUAUUGUGGAGCAUGAAGGAGAAGCACAACCAUAACUCAAAAUUUAAGUCCUUCUUUGAUACAUUGCCAGAAGCAUUUAAUACAGGAUUGAGCUUUGGAAUUGAUGCAAUCAUGGCUUUAGAUGGAACCUUAUUGUUGGAAGAAAUAGUGCAGGCAAAAGAGCACUUGCGUUGUCAGUAUGAUGAGUUAUUGCCUGCACUAUGCAAUGAUCAUCCUGAUGUAUUUCCAGCUGAGGUAUACACAUGGGAGCAGUUCUUAUGGGCGUGUGAGCUGUGGUACUCAAAUAGCAUGAAAGUUAUGUUCACUGAUGGAAAGCUAAGGACAUGCUUGAUUCCUGUGGCAGGCUUUCUCAAUCAUUCGAUAUGCCCACACAUAAUGCACUAUGGCAAAGUAGAUUCUACUACAAAUUCCCUGAAUUUCCCUUUGUCAAGACCAUGCAAUGCGGGUGAACAAUGUUUUCUGAGCUAUGGGAACUUCUCUAGUUCUCAUUUAGUUAACUUCUAUGGUUUCUUACCUCAAGGAGACAACCCCUACGAUAUCAUUCCACUUGAUCUUGAUGUUGCCCUAGUGGACAGUUCUGAGGAUGGGCAUUCCAUCUCUAGCUGGGCCUCCCACAUGGUUCGGGGUACUUGGUUCUCCAAGAACCAUGACAUCUUCCAUUAUGGUUUGCCGCCUCCUCUACUAGAUCAUCUCCGUAGAGCUUGGAAUCCUAUGUUGCAAACUAAUACACUUACAUUGGAAAACUUGGAAAUUGAAUUGGAAAUUCUUGAAGACCUCUGCUCCACCUUUGAAAACAUGAUGGAAGCCCUUGGCGAUACAAAGCUUGACGACAGGGAACAUACCAAUUGGGAUGUAAAGCUAGCAUUGGAGUUCAAAGAUUUACAGCGAAGGAUUGUGUCCUCGAUUGUAACCUCAUGUAAUGCUGGUCGCAAGUUGGUGCAAUAUGAAUUGGGCAAAUGUAUGGCUUAGCACAGAUAAGGGUAGAUGGGACAACAGGUAGCAUUAUCAAUCUCUCCUUUGAUUCCAAGAUUUUUAAAUUUUUUUUGUCCAAAGUAAGCAAUAGAUUGGAAACUGUUGUACAGCAUAUAAUAGGCUUAUCAGUUGGUAUUUGCCAAGAUGACAUUGAACUCAUUAUCUAGUAGGUAUCAAAUAUUAGGCCAAGAUGCCAGUAGCCUUUCAUCCUCCAACCACAUAGUGGCCUUCUGUAUUCUCUCUGAUUAUUCGCUAUGCGGCGCAAAUUAUAGAAUAAUCUUAUUGAUUGGUUG